UGCAUCCGUUCCCAUGAGCCUCUUGGUGGUCAUGGCGCCAAGCGCAGCCUCGUCCACUCGCGCACACCGCCGUCCUGCUGACUGGCUCUUCGUGCUGCCGUCCGUCCUUCCUGCCUGUCCUUUGUCCAGCUGGCUCUCCAUCCGCCACGCCCGUCGCCGCCCACAAGCCAUGAGCGACCCGAAUCUGAUCGUCGACAGCGAUUUCGGAAUCGACGAUGCGACGGCGCUGCUUCUGGCUCUCCGGGUCGAUCCAAAUCCUCUCAAGGCCGUGACGGUGGUCUCGGGCAAUGUGCCUGUCUCGCGUGGAGUCCGUAACUGCCGGUAUCUGAUUGCGCUUGCCGACCGAGAAUCCCUCGGCAUCGAGGUCUAUGGCGGGGCAACUGCGCCCUUGGUGCCGUGCCAACCGCCUCCUUCGCAGUGGCCAGGCCAUGGCAAGGACGGCUUUGGCGAUGCUUCGGAUCGUCUCCCUGAAGUGUCCUCGACCUCCCUCCACCUGGAUCCGCCAGAUGAGCACGCCGCCAAUGCGCUUGUCCGGCUGGUAAACCAACGACCCGGCCACUACAGAAUCGUCGCUCUCGGGCCGCUCACCAACAUCGCUCUGGCCAUCACCCUCGACCCCGACUUUCUCUCCAAGGUUGCUUCGAUUGUCAUCAUGGGCGGGUGCCUCUUUGCCCAAGGCAACUCGAACCGCACGGCCGAGUUCAACUUCCACCACGAUCCCGAGGCAGCGUACAUUGUCUUUGCAGCGUCCCAGCGUCUGUCGCAGCAGGACGAUGUGCAGACGCCCACCGGGAUCCCGCCCGCACCCAAGCUGACCCUGGUUCCUUGGGAGACCACUAUUCGCCACGGCUUUGCCUGGUCGCUUUUCGACCGCAUCCAGCAGGUCAGUCCAAGCACACCCCUGUCCCGGUUCAUCGCAACCGUAGCGGCGAAAUACCAGGAUCAAUGCCGCUAUCUGUACGACGACCUCGUCAAGAUCCAGAACAUGACUGCCGCCCUGACCGAUACCCCAAGCCCCCGCUCCGUCGCCAACCACCACCAAGAGUACAUUAUGAUGGCCAACUCCUUCACCAUGUGCGAUGCCUACGCCAUGCUCGUGGCCCUCGACGAAAGCCUCGUCACCGAGAGCAAAGCCUGGAACGUGCAAAUCGAGCUGGGCGGCCAGAUGUCCCGAGGAAUGAUGGCCCUCGACUGGUUCAGCUCGAGCCGUCAGGGCUCCAACAACACCGUGGUCGUCUUUGGCAUGGAUGUCUCGGCCCUGGAAGCCCGUUUCUUGCGAGUCUUUGCCUGAGCCGCCAGUCUGUAUGUCUCCCUCUGCCAUGUGCAAACACGAGAGCCGGUGCCGCCGGUCGUUCGAGAGCA